CCUUGGACGAAAAGGAAACUCCCGGCAGCAAAAAAUUUCGAGGACUCCGGCUCCCAUCAGACGAUACCACUUCGAACCUCACUCAUCCUGCCCUCCACCAACGAACCGACCAACCAGUCACCGCAGCCGUUGUCGACAACGAGCACCCCAUCGUCCAUCUCCUCUCUGUUCAUUCUUGUCUCAUUCUACUUUACUGUUUAAUAUUCAGCACCCUCGCAAUGUCUGCCUCCCUCAGGUCUGUUGCGCCGUUCCUCAGGACGGCGCGCGCCUCGCUGCGCCAGGGCAAUGUUAGCCCCCUUCAGGCCGCCCUGAAGAGGCAGAACGUUUCCCCCAUCCUCAACGUCUACCGCACAUACGCCGUCUUCGAGCGGACGAAGCCUCACGUCAACAUUGGUACCAUUGGCCACGUCGAUCACGGAAAGACCACUCUCUCCGCCGCCAUCACCAAGAGGCAGGCCGAGAAGGGACUCGCCAACUUCCUCGACUAUGGUGCCAUUGACAAGGCCCCUGAGGAGCGCAAGCGUGGUAUCACCAUCUCCACUGCCCACAUCGAGUACGCGACCGAAAACCGCCACUAUUCCCACGUCGACUGCCCCGGUCACGCCGAUUACAUCAAGAACAUGAUUACCGGUGCCGCCAACAUGGACGGUGCCAUCAUCGUCGUCGCCGCCUCCGACGGUCAGAUGCCCCAGACCCGUGAGCACUUGCUGCUCGCCCGCCAGGUUGGUGUUCAGAAGAUCGUCGUCUUCGUCAACAAGGUCGACGCCAUCGACGACCCCGAGAUGUUGGAGCUCGUCGAGAUGGAGAUGCGUGAGCUCCUGAGCACCUACGGCUUCGAGGGUGACGAGACCCCCGUCAUCAUGGGUUCCGCCCUCAUGGCCCUCAACAACCAGAGGAACGAGAUCGGCAACGACAAGAUUGACGAGCUCCUCAAGGCCGUUGACGAGUGGAUCCCCACUCCUACCCGUGACCUCGAGAAGCCCUUCCUCAUGUCCGUCGAGGACGUCUUUUCCAUCUCCGGCCGUGGUACUGUCGUCAGUGGCCGCGUCGAGCGUGGUCUCCUGAAGAAGGACUCCGAGGUCGAGAUUGUCGGCAAGGGCGACGAGAUCAUCAAGUCCAAGGUCACCGACAUCGAGACCUUCAAGAAGUCGUGCGACGAGUCCCGCGCCGGUGACAACUCUGGUCUCCUCCUUCGUGGUAUUAAGCGUGAGGACAUCCGCCGCGGCAUGGUUGUCUGCAAGCCCGGCACCGUCAAGGCCCACUCCAGCUUCCUCGUCUCCCUCUACGUCCUGUCCAAGGACGAGGGUGGCCGCCACACCGGCUUCCACGAGAACUACAAGCCUCAGAUGUUUCUCCGCACCGCCGACGAGUCCGUCACCCUCACCUUCCCCGAGGGCACCGAGGACGCCAAGAGCAAGAUGGUCAUGCCCGGUGACAACGUCGAGAUGGUCGCCACCCUGCACCACCCCAGUGCUGUCGAGGUCGGCCAGCGCUUCAACGUCCGUGAGGGCGGUCGCACUGUCGCCACUGGUCUCAUCACCCGCAUCCUGAAAUAAGGGGAUCACAUCGGGGAUAAAUUUCACUCGAUACCCUGAAUUGGCACCCAGCACACGCCUGAGAUGAACCAGGAACGAAACACGGGAUCUGGAUGAUGGGGAAAAUUUGGGAUUGUACAAAACACACAAAAGGAGUUGGACUGUUUGACGAUUUCAUGUACAACUGACCCAGAGUUUUCCGCUUUGAGCCCUCGCGCUCGUGUAUAUUGUCGGGUCUUGGGCUCAAAGAUCUCCGCUCUACUUCACCCCUUUGUCUUGAAUCAUGUACUUUAUAGAAGACGAUG